AUGAAUUAUAUUAAAGCGGAAUUACAAGCUUUAAGGAGUGACAACGUGACAAGAUCGGAAUUAAAUGAGAUGGAGAGUAAAAUUAGUCACCAAACUACUAAAUUGCAGGCCAACAAAAAACAAAACAGUGGACGCAAGCAAGAUCCGCAGCAAUCGCAGACCGCUCAUGACUUAAGCAUACAGCAUAUGCAUCAAGCGACGGAGAGGGAAAACGCGUGUACUAAAGUUGCUAAACCGGUUUCGCAGCGUAACAAUCAAACGGUUAAGUCAUUAUUUGAGCCUCAAUACCGUGAUAUUCUUGUAGCGACCAGCACUUCGCAGCGUUUUAAAUUAGAUUCCGGUAAUAGAAUCCUUAAGGAUAUAAAUGAGGAUGGAUUUACAACUGUUGUGCAUAAAAAGCACAACAGAUCGAAAAAUAUGCGUGGUUCAUCUGAAACGUGUACGAAAUUAAAAGUUGUGGAAUCAACAUGUACUAUAUACGUGUCACGGGUACGUAAGGAAGUUUCCGAAAGUUCUUUAAUGGACUACAUAAAAGAUAAGGGUGAAAAUUGUGUUACUAUAGAACUGCUAAAACAAUAUCGUGAGACAACUUUUAAUUCUUUUAAAAUAGUUAUACCAAUGUCCAAAGCGAAUAUUUUUCUAAGCCCCGAUUUCUGGCCGAAAGGUUUGGUAUUUAGGCGCUUUAAAUAA